AUGAAAAGCCUAAACAUUGCAGAAUAUUCUCAACAUGUCGACCCAGUGGAAGACCCCUACCUGUCGGGAAGCGUAUAUGCCGAAAGCGAAGACAGCGCAAAUUCCUCCGCCAACAAGGAGGAAGAUGAUGAUGAGCGCUUCUCUCUCAAACGACCAGCAGAAGAAGCUCUAAUACCACAAGCUUUCAAAAGACACAAAGGUGUCUUAAACACCGACUACCUCGAUUUACUCAACGGCGACAUCGAAGAUGCAGCUCACCGAGUCUGUAUCUCCGGCGAGGAAGAUAAUGAACCAAGCCAACUUGGCGUCACUUCCUGGUCGCCUCUGGAGAAGAAAUUAUUCUUUGAGGCCAUGGCACGCUUGGGGCAAGAAGAUCUGCCUGGUAUCGCGUCUCGCAUAGGAAGCAAGAGUGAGAUCGAAGUAAAUCACUACCUCAGCGUCCUCAAGAGGGUUCACCUUAUGCGACAACGGGAAGGAUUGCGUCCAGCAAUUGAGUUCUCAGAGUUUCCCGCCGCCGUCGAGCUCAGCCAGCCUCUGUGCCACGCCCUAGACGAAGCUGCAGAUGCAGUCUCCGUCAGACAGGAGCGCAAGGAAGAGCUGCGGGAGGAGAACAAAUGGGGAGAGUGCUGGGACAUUACACCAAGACUCGCCCGGAAGCUCGACAAGGGUGAACUGAUUGCAGAAGGCCAAGAUGUGGCGUUUGCUGGAGUCUUGAACGUCCACAACUGGCUGAGACUUUCGGAACGAAUUUUCAUGAACUCUUCCAUUCCAAGUGACAACUGGAGCUAUAUCGAAAACCACCCGCCAUCCAUGUGGGCAACCACAUUUGAGGAUUUCCACUCUUUGGCUGUGUCAAUCACUAGAAGGCUUGUUCAAACAGCCAUCUUUCUCAGCAUGUCCAGGAUUCGAGCCAAGAAAGAACUUAUUCCUUCAACUAGGGACAUUGUGAGGAGGCAAGAUGUCGAGGCAGCCAUUGCGUCCUUGGGCAUGACGUCAAACUCGCGCGGAUUUUGGCUCAAGUGCGCCCGGAGGCUUCGCCUUGAGGUUUAUGAGGAGCCCCCAGACCAAGAUGACGAUGUCGAACAGGAAGCUCUCACGUAUGACCAAGUCGAAGAGGCUCUCUCGGGAGACGAGGACCAACCUCUUUCGUCAAGAUUGGAGCCAACGCCAGCAUUUGUCAAAGAAGAAUCCAUCGAAUACCACAGCCUGGAUGAAUCUGAAUCCGAGUUUGAGACGCCAUUUACCCUCUCUGAUGACGAAGAAGCCGCUAUUGACAAUGAAGCCAACGAGGUGCUUCAAUAUUCUGCUGCGGACUUCCCUGAGACCUAUCGCACCAAGGAAUCACUAAGAAACCGCAUUACCACAGAACGACGACAAGAAGAGUACGCGGAGGGCUGUGAUCAAUACGCAAGUGGCCAGGCAGAAGCCGAGAUGUGGGAGUUGCUCCAGAAGAAGCCUCCUAUGGGGUUACCCAAGGUGAAUGAGCCAGGGCCAAUACAACGCUCGAAGCUGGAUGUGGAAAGCAUCUUCCCCAUCGGGCGGGAUUGGAGAAGCAAGAUCAGGUAUCACAGCGAGUGGGAGACAGAAAAGGAGCGGAAGAGCUAA